GGCCUUAUUUCAAGCAUGAAUUCUGUUAGGAUGUUGAAAUUUGUUGUCAUGUUGUCUGUAACGGCUUUCUCUCCUGCCCUGGCAGGACCCUCCAUGCCUUUAUCAGUAAAUGUACCAUGUUUGAGUGGGAGGCCUAGGGAGGGAACAACUGUACCAUCUUGUACUAAGGAUUCAGGAAUCUUCAGUACAAGCAAAUGUACUCCUGUACCACAAACAGCCUGUGCUCUGGUUUAUGAUGACAAGGACUGCAAGGGGUGGAAGUUAGAGGUUCCCCAGGGUGAACUUCAGUUCCACUGGUGGUCUCCUGUUUGGUACUGGUACAGAAACGACAUUGAAUCUGUGUCUGUAAGAGCUGGUUGUACACUGACAGGGUUUGAUGAUUCCAGCUUUAACGGACAAAGUGCAACUAUUAGAGCAGGAACAAAGGACAGAUUUGUAAACCUGGAUGAUGAGGAUGAAUUUGAAAAUAUGGACGAAGAAUUUGAAUCCCUCCAAUGUAGUUGUAACUAAUUUGUAAACAAACACAACCUAAAUAUAUUUUUAUCAAAUUCA